UCCGCGUCGGGUUCGCUGCCUUUCCUUUAUGCCCCAACUUGACUGCACCACCCCCUAAAUAUUAUACAAAGUGUAACUAAACCCAACUUUACGUUCUCUUUCUCAGUUCUCACUUCUAUUUUGCAAUUGCUUCUAAACAAACACUAUUGUGUGUAUUGAUUGUCCGCGCUCACCAAUGGCUUCCAACACCGCCCAACUUAUUGCUUGGGGCUCUGGUGAAGACGGGCAAUUAGGGCUGGGCAGCAACGAAGAGAAAGAAAGGGUCUGCGUCGUCGAAGCUCUUCAGUCCCAGAAACUCCGCUCCGUCGUCGCCGGUAGUAGAAACUCCCUCGCCAUUUGUGAAGAUGGCAAGCUGUUUACAUGGGGAUGGAAUCAAAGAGGGACGCUUGGACAUCCUCCUGAAACCAAAACUGAGAACAUCCCAAGCCAGGUCAAAGCUCUUUCCAAUGUCAACAUUGUCCAGGCGGCUAUUGGUGGUUGGCAUUGUUUGGCUGUUGAUGAUCAAGGAAGAGCUUACGCUUGGGGUGGAAAUGAGUAUGGACAGUGCGGGGAAGAACCCGAGCGGAAGGACGACACUGGUAGGCCUUUAAGAAGGGAUAUAGUGAUUCCUCAGCGCUGUGCACCAAAGCUUGUAGUUCGCCAGGUAGCUGCUGGAGGAACUCAUUCUGUGGUACUUACUCGUGAAGGGCAUGUAUGGACAUGGGGUCAACCGUGGCCUCCUGGAGACAUAAAACAGAUUUCUGUUCCGGUGCGAGUGCAAGGUCUUGAGGCGGUCAGAGUGAUCGCAGUGGGGGCAUUUCAUAAUUUGGCUCUCCAAGAGGAUGGUACUUUAUGGGCAUGGGGUAACAAUGAAUAUGGACAAUUGGGGACCGGAGAUACCCAACCCAGAUCGCAACCUAUUCCUGUCCAAGGGCUUUCUGGUCUUACUCUGGUUGAUAUUGCUGCUGGAGGAUGGCAUUCUACUGCACUUACAGAUGAAGGAGAGGUCUAUGGUUGGGGACGCGGGGAACAUGGAAGACUUGGAUUUGGAGAUAAUGACAAGAGCAGUAAAAUGGUCCCCCAGAGGGUUAAUCUUUUAGCUGGAGAGGAUAUCGUUCAGAUAUCCUGUGGAGGCACUCACUCAGUUGCAUUAACCCGCGAUGGACGCAUGUUUUCAUUUGGUAGAGGCGACCAUGGACGUCUAGGAUAUGGAAGGAAGGUGACAACCGGACAACCAAUGGAAGUUACCAUAAACAUCCCCGCUCCUACAAACUCAAAUGGAAGUGCAUCUGAGGGACGUUGGAUAGCCAAGCUCGUUGCUUGCGGAGGACGCCACACGCUGGCAAUUGCGGAAUGGAAAGACUGAUUGAAUGAAAUCAUGAAA